GGCGAGAGCAGCACAAGAACUGCCGGCGUGGUCACGUGAUCUUUGAAGUGUGACGGGCGCCAUUUUAGACGUUGAAGUUUGGUGCCUGGGUCUCGACCUCAGAGGCUAAGAAAAGGAGCAUUUAGUGGGUCCCCGAGAGCCGCUGUGACCUGUACGAGAGAGGAGGCCUCGUGUUCGUCAGCUUUGUGCUGUUGCGAACAAGAUCAUGCUCAGGCUGCUCAGACGGGUGAUGACGUUCUUCCGCGGCAAGAGCCAGGAAACUGCCGAGCGGCAACCAAUUUACUUGCAAGAUGACAGCAGUUUGGAAAAUCAGCAGAUUCUCAUGGAAAGUGACUCGGGUGAUUAUAGCAUGAUGGAUGAGUCUCUCUGCUACAGUUCUGAUCGGACAGACAGUGACUCGCUGAUAAGUGGGCAGGGAGGCUUGGCCAAUGCGGAAGAGAGUGAACUUCCUGAGGAGCUGAAAUCCUUCCAAGUGGUGGAUAUCUCUGGUGAUAUUCGUGGCGCUGGACCAUCAGAACUGGAAACUGGAAUUUUGAUUGAUUAUGUUAGGGUGGUAAAGAAGCGUGUUGUCUAUCUGAAAGAAAAAAUUAAAUUCUCCCUAGACAUUGUUUCUGAAGGUUUUGUGCCUUAUAAGGGAGACUGGUUAGAAGUUGAGUAUUCCCUGCAACCAGGCACCUCAAACAUCAAGGCACACUCAGCGAAGCCUGUGAACUGUAAGCAUGUGGAACAGGUCUGCAUUAGCAAUGUACGUGGAAAAAAAGGGGUGAUAGCUAAGAGUUUCUUUUUUACCUUGGAUUCUCUGAUUCGCCCUGAUGGAUAUGUGCCUAGAAACCAUGAUGCAGUCAAUGUUGAUGUAGUGGAAAGUAGUCAGGGGUGUUUUAAAUGGAGAGCAUAUUCUAUCACCCCAAUCUAAAUGGUGCUAUAAUAAUAAUGCAUCUUUAUUCCUUGUUUGUGUUUAUUUAUAAAGGCAGUAAAGGGCCUGAUUCCACUGAAAAUAUCAAUUUAGUUGUCAUGAAAAAUAGUAUAUGUUUAUCUUUUCUGGUGCAACCAGUUCAGAUACUGCUGGGUUCACAUGGGACCCUGAAUCCACUAUAGGGCAGAGCAUCAAUUUAGCAGCAAAUGAACGCUGCUGAGUAACAGUAGGAAAGGAGUUAUUGGAAAGAAGCAGCAAAUUGAAUAUGAAUUCCUUGCUUUCCAUAGCUAAGAGUGGACUGGGUGAAAGCAGAGUACUGUCACUAACUUGUGUCCCUCUUUCCUAUAAGAGUAUGAAAACUUCAUGAGGGGCAAUGUUGUUUAGAAUUUGUUUUUCUGUUCUAUUUUUUUGAGUUUGCCCAUCAUAAGCCACAUAGAAGUUUGCCUGACAAACUAUGAAACUACAAUGCACUGCAAUGUUAUCAAAUUUAAUAAGUGAGAUACUUCACCAGGAUUGAUGUUUAGCUGUGGUCAACUGUUUAUUUGCUUGCUGGAAAUAAAAU